AAGGAAAGUCUCUCUACCUCUUGCUGAAAUAGAGAGAUGAAGGGUUCCGAAAAUUACAGUACCGAUACGAAUCCAAAGCGCAUUGAGGAUGAGAAGAAGAGGUGCAGAGCCGUCGAAUAUCGAAUUCGAAGCUUACCUCUCUCGAAGAUUACGAGUUCCUGCAAACGAACUCUUCUUAGAUUGGUGAACUCCGAGCUCAAGUACCUCUCUCGUCUAUUUUCUAAUUCUCCUAAUUUCACCGGUCCAAUCUGUGUGAACAUUGGGUACCUCGAGUCUGUUGUUCACAUUCUUCAGCAAACAUUUAUAACUGGAGUGUCACGUGUAUGCAAGCCUAUUCCUCUGACCUCCGGAAAUGGGGAGAAAAAGUGUUUUACUUUGAAGGGUGUUCAUGUUGAUAUAGUGUGUACUAUUGAUAGUAACCCAGUCUGGUUCAUUGUGUCGGAUCGGAACCCAAAGUAUAUUUCAUGGUCCGGAUCUUACAAGAAUAAGGGCUUAAGAAUGCGCAUAGAGCAGGUUCUUGAAGCGGCUAACUCAUCUCUGACAUUAAAACCAUCGUCAAUCAUUCUGUUCUUUGCCAAUGGACUUGACAAGGUUCUUUCUCAGAAAGUUGGAGAUGAAUUUGGGGCAUCUGAGUUUGGGAAAGAGUUUUCUAAUUUUGACUCUGAUAUUUCUGAGGAAUUAGAAGGUGAUUGGGUCAAGUUACAUGCAAGAUCAUUCCGAGGGGCAAGCAUUUUCCAAAUAAAGUUUGAUUUCAUGAACAUUGUUUCCAGCUUAGAGCCUGGGCUCAAAGACCCACUUCCGGGAACUGCUACACUGAAGCUGCCUAAAUAUCAAAGUAAUUUGGUUCUUGGUGAUGCAUUCUGUUCUCUAAUAUCGAGAAUAAAGUCGAUCUCUUUACACACGGAUUCUGCCACACCAGAGGCUUUAUUGGGUGAAGAACUCGUAAAUUUUGAUACAACAACUUUGGUUGCUCUUGUAUCUGGAAUUAGCAAUGGUGGUACAGACAAACUACUAGCAACACCAGAGAGUGAGUUAAAGAAGCGGUUUAAGAGCAACUCUGAAUUUGUGAUUGCACAGGUGAAGUCCGAAAUUCAUAAUCCAAUAAUUAUGGAACUUGAAGGCAUUAUCUCUGGAAAGAUAUGUAUGAUAUGUAAAAGUGUUCAUUCGGAGUUCAAGGAGCUUUUAUCAAUGUGUGGGGGGCCUAAUGAGAAGUGGAGAGCUGAUCACUUGCUUAAAUGCUUACUGUAUGUUCCUUUCCUGAUUCUAGUUUCUUUAUAUAUAUAUAUAUAUAUAUUCAAUUAGUGACAGUUCUUUAUAAAAUGAAUUUGAAUGCCAAUUUAAUCAUAUCAUGUCACACAUUUAAACCUCUGCGAUUAUUUUUCAAAUUGACAAGAUUAGGCCGAGAAAACCAUUACUUUUUCAAAUUGCUGACAGUAGUUGGUAAAAUUGCACUUUUUUCUCAUUUUACAUGGUAACUGGUAAGAGGUAUCCUAUUAGUCUAUUACACUUAAAGAUCCUAUUUUAAAUAUCUCUUACUAGCCAGAAAAUGUUAGUUAUUAUUUGCCCAGUGAGAGCAAUUUUGAAAAACUGAAUGGUUCCUGAGUGCCACAUGGCCAAGUUCGUUGAAA